UAUUAAGGCAGUCAACCGUUGUUCUUACCCUUCGCGCAGAAUGGCAGAGUAGAACGUAGAAGCUCUUUUAAGGAGCAAAGUCGAACGAAUGCAAAGGGUACGUUGUUCCGCGAUCCAUUGGUCGCUCCAUUCUAAUACUAGCUAAUACCCGGACCACAUUUGCCUUGCUAGACAGAUACUGGAAGACAUGUUAUCUCUCACGAUGAGGAUUAUCAUGGCACCCGAACAUCAUAUCGUGCAUGUGGAGGGCACACCGCUUGAAGCCAUGUCAGACAGUGCUUCACCGCAGACUAUAUAUUAGCUUUCCAUAUGUCGUUCCACUGAGUUUUCUAUGAACUAAAGAUUGAGUCAUCAUAAAAAGCAUUGAUCUCCGGGAUUAAUCCGGCUGGUGUCUGAAAUUACACUCAUUGUGAUAUUCAUCACAUCUUUCUGUUUUUCAACAAGGAAAAGGACGUUUAAUCGGAUGCCAUGAUUUCUCAUGAUGACUCACUCCACAUUUAUAACACUCAUAUCAUGAUAUUCCCCAAGCAGGAUUAUGCUUCGUAGUAAGUAGAAUCAUCUAUGUACAUAAUAUAUGUACACAUCGUAUAUAUCGUACAUAGGGAAAGUUACUUUGAUAUGAAUGAUGGACCUAGUUUAUCGCUUUAUUUCAUUCAACUGGAAUCAAAUCAAAAUCACAGCGGCCUUAUCUGCGGGGGUAAGGAUAAUGCAUUGAUGAGAUCUUACUUGUCUAAUUAACAUCCAGCUAGUAACUCAAAGGUGUUUCAGAGACCAAUAUACACUGAUAGUGUGCUAAUCUGUAAUUUCUAAAUAAAUAUGAUUGCAUUUUUCGAUUUGAUGUGUUUAUUUAAUGGAGAAAACACGUGACCAUUUUGAAAUGCCUUCUGGUCUCAGUACCAAUACUACACAGUUGGCCUAGCAUUGGAUUCGGAGUGGAUGUAAUAAAAGCAUUGUCUGUCAACGGCAAUCCAAUCAAAAUCACAUCUGGUCUUAAGCAGACAGACGUAGUGAAAUCAGCGUCAGUGAAUCUCCAUUAGUACUCUCAACGUGAAUAAUUAGGAGCACUAGCCGGUGUUUAUGGUACUGCUAUUGUGCCGAUGGGCGGUGACAUAUGAGGACAUAAAAUACACUGUCCUUAAAAAUAACCACACAUUGCACCAAAAUAUUGAUAGCAGAUAUUAGGAGUCAAACGCUUUUACGUUAACAACUACGACGGAGGGUAUUAGACUUGUGUUUUCAUCGAUCUAAUUUAACCAGUACUCAACAUCCGGAGGUUCAAUGUACACAAAAUAAGAAAUUGAAACCACAAAGAAAACUUUUAAGAAAAUGAGGCUCAAGGAAAGGACAUAUCGCUGGAUGGUUGAUGUUGCUUUGACAGCUGUAGUAUGGAUUAUUCUUCUGUCAUGUUACUUUGUGGCUGUGCCCCCAGAGAAGGGAUUCAUCUGCUCAGAUCCCCACAUCAACUAUCCUUAUCGCCCAAGUACAGUGGGAACAGCAGUAUUAGUAUCUUCCACCAUGAUCAUAUCAAUGCUGUUGAUUACUAUCACAGAGAUUUUCUUAUGGGCUCCAAUGAAAAGGGACAAGAAGCUACUUGGUAUAAGAUUAGGGCGCAAUCUUCUGACCUUUAUGUGGGGCUAUGCAGUUGUAUUUGAUGUCGUUUUUGUAGCAAAAUACUCAAUGGGUGCAUUGCGUCCAAACUUCAUAGAUGUUUGCCAACCGAAGUACAUCACAACCAGUGGAAACUGCUCGAACAUUGUUGGUCAAAUGAGGUAUGUUGAGCCUGAUAUAGAUUUUAUCUGCACCAACCCGGACAAGAGAGCUAUAUCAGACGCAAGACAAUCCUUUCCAUCUGGCCACGCUGCAGCAGGGGCUUUCUGCGCAGCUUUCCUGUCUAUAUAUGCCCAAUUCAAAUGGCGAGUGGAUUGGACAAUGAUUCUGGUGCCAUUCCUACAGAUGACACUAGCGUGUCUUGCUCUAUACAAUGCAGUUUUGAGGGUAACAGACAACAAACAUUACCAAAUAGAUAUAUGGGCUGGUGCACUCAUAGGAUCUCUGGUAGCAAUUCUUACCGCAUAUCGGUUAUUCAGCUUCAAGGAAGACGUAGACGUUCCUGAACGUGUAUACCAAAAUGGCGUUAACCACAAUCAUAUAAAUCAUGUUAGUGUCCCCCAAUCACCAACCAGGCACAACAACAUUCCAUCCGCUCCGGAUUGUCAAUAUCCACAAGAAGAGCAUGGAGAUAAUGAACACCUAGAUCAAGAUCAUGCCAGGACCGAUCUCGUUAGUGCUGAAACAAAGUUUAAUAGUCAAGCGUUUCAUAAUGUUUAGCUUUAAGUCGGUUGCAAUAGAUGGCGGGAUUAUCAUAAAUCCCAAGAGUGCAAUUUUAAUUUAUAUCUUCAUUCCUUAAUGUCACAAAAUAAUGUACAGGGUAGCCCAAAACUACAGCCAUUUUAUUAAGGGGGCAACUCUCAAAUAUUGUGGAAUCUUCGUUUUAUGUAUAUUGAGCACUCAAUUGCAAUUAGCGAAUCAGAUGUGUAUUUGUAUAGCAACAGCGAAAUUAUGUUGCAGAAGCCUCAAGUACAUCAUGGUUCCAUCAGGGAAAAUCCCGAAUCUCUGAUAGUUAUUCUGAUAUUCAUCAGAGUAUCUUUCUGUUUCACCUGAAACAU